GCUCGAGAGCAGCCGUUGAAAAUCCGUUUUAGUUGUUAUUCUGUCGCUGUUUUUGCUCUGUUCUUUCUGACAUUCCUUGAGAGUUAAAAGUAAAGUAAUUAAAGUUUUAAGUUUAAAGUUUUUAGCAGAAUGGACACCAACUUGACUUUUGCCUCUCGUCGGUCACCUGUGGUGUGUUUACACGGCUGUGUGGCGUCCAGUCAGCCACUAGCUUCAAAUGUUGGACUGGACAUCCUAAAGUGUGGCGGUAAUGCAGCAGAUGCUGCGGUGGCAGUAGCAGCAGCACUGGCAGUAACUGAACCAAGCAGCACUGGUCCUGGUGGAGAUGCCUUCUGCUUGUUCUACAACGCAACCACAGGAGAGAUCAGAGGAAUAAACGGCAGUGGCCGUACAUCUAAAGCUCUGACCUUGGACCUCCUGGAGGGACGUGGCUACUCUACAGAGACCCCGCCUUCACCUUUUGAUGCUUUAAAUAUUACAGUACCAGGGGCUCCUGCAUGCUGGUGUGAUACGGUGCAGAUGUUUGGGAGCCACAAGCUGUCCCUGCAGGAGGUGUUGAGCGGGGCGGUGGAGCUCGCAGAGGUGGGGUUUCCUGUUGCCGAGGUCGCAGCUUACCACUGGGCGAACGAUGUUUCUGUUCUGAGGGAUGCUGGGAAGGAACUGGGUGGAGAUCUGCUCAUUGAUGGUCAUGUACCCAAAUGGGGACAAGUAUUCAGAAAUCCCUCACUGGCACAGACCCUGAAGGAGAUUGGUGAGCAUGGCAAACUCGCCUUCUACCAGGGCAGAAUCGCACAAGCCAUUAUUGAUAUCAUCAACCAAAAUGGAGGAGUCAUGACCCUGGAUGACCUCAGCAGCCAUGACAGUGAAGUCAUCACCCCCAUUAGCACAGAGUACAAGGGUGUGCGUCUGUGGGAGAUUCCUCCUAACAGUCAGGGAUUGGCUGCUCUGCUGCUACUCAACAUCCUGGAGAACUUCCCUCUUAAAGCUACAGGCCAUAACAGCUCUGACUACAUCCAUGUACUUGUGGAGGCCUUGCGCAUGGCACAAAUGGAUGCUUUCGGUUACCUUGGCGACCCAGACCAUGUGACCAUCCCCAUAGAAACCCUACUGGACAAGAGCUACAGUCACCAGAGAGCACAGCAGAUCAGCAUGGACAGGGUGAUGGAAAAAGUGAAGCCUGGCCUGGCAACAGGAAGUGACACAGUCUAUUUCUGUGUGAUUGACAGCGAGGGUAACGCCUGUUCAUUUGUCAACAGUAUCUUCAUGGGCUUUGGAAGCGGGCUGGUCCCUAAGGACUGUGGAUUCUCACUACAGAACCGUGGUGCUUGCUUUUCUCUGCAUCGUAAUCAUCCGAAUGGUGUUGCUGGUGGGAAGCGACCAUAUCACACAAUAAUACCUGCUCUCCUCACUGACUCCAACUCAAAAUAUCCUCGACUCCUUGCUGCACUGGGGGUGAUGGGAGGAUUUAUGCAGCCUCAAGGUCAUGUCCAGGUUUUGUUUAACAUGUUGGAGUUUGGGAUGAAUCCUCAACAAGCACUGGAUGCCCCAAGAGUUUUUGUUAAGUAUGAUCAAAAAACUGAUGAAUGGUUGGUAAAUCUGGAGGAGGGCAUUAAUCAGGAGGUGGCAGAGGAGCUGAAGAGACGGGGUCACAAAGUCAACUGGCCAAUCACAGGCCAUAAGAGGAAUCUGUUUGGGCGUGGACAGAUCAUCACUAUGGGGGAUUGGUGGAACUCUUCUGUCAGUCAAACUGAUUCCCAACGCAGAGUUCUGUGGGCGGGAUCAGAUCCCAGAGGAGAUGGAUGUGCUCAGGGAUACUAGACGUACGUGAUUUCUCCUCUCCUCUCCUGGCUGUGGCAAUCAGACUGAGGUUGAUAUUCCAGUCAUGCUCAGGGAUAUUACACUUCCUUAAGUGUCCUUCUACUACACAUUUUUAUACUGUUUACAGUUGUUUCUGGUACCUUUUUACAGUUAACACACAUGUACUAUGAUGCUAACUUUUACAAAAGUGUAACAGUUGACACUAUCUUCAUGAAGAACUUGAGACAUCUCAAAGAGAUGCAAGAUAUAUCUUAAUUUUUGUGAUGCAAUCACUGAAAUUUUUGUCCUAGCUAAUACACCUGGCUCCAAGCUAUUUAAAAGCUAAUGCAGACAAACAAACACCAGAAAACGUGUGUAACAUGACAAAACAUGCCAGAGAUUCCCUUCUUGAACCCUUUAUUUUGGUUGACAUAAUAGUCUGUUUCAUUGUCUUAAAUGAAAUGCUGCUGAUGUUAACUUGAAAUUACAACGUCAUUACCCUUCUUCUUUAACAUAGAGAUUAUCGUCUUAACUCCUGACAUUUUAUUUAAAAAAACAGUUCAUCAAAUGUUUUAAACUAUGGUUUAAAUCAAGAACAUCAAAGAUAGCUUUAUAAAAACAUAUUUUUUCUACAUUUUUAACUGAGAUACACUCUUUUCAGUAACGCAUUAUUUUAUUUGGCCCUAUAAAAUUACCUCAAAAUUUUAUAGUAAUUAGUGUAGUUAUAGGUGGCAAUCACCUAAUACUAAGUUGGCCGUUUACUAUGUAAUGACUUGGAAAUGUGGAUAUAUUAAAGAUAUAUUGACCUACUAAUACCUUAUCAAUUAUCAAUUAAUUCCUUGUAAUAUUGUGGCAAUUCUCUGGUAAAUAGGUGGUAAUUUACCCCAACCCUUAUCAGAACCACCUAACCCUAAAAAUUACUUAAAAAUUAUUCAGGAAUGACUUACUUUAAUUUAGUGGGCCAAAAUAAUGAAAUUACCUGGGAAUUAUUAAGCAACUUAUAUACAAAACUUGCAUCUUACUUCUAAGAAAUUACUUGGUAUAUUACCACCUUAUCACCAGAGAAUGGCCACAGUAUUAUGAGGGUUAGAGUCAGGGGUUAGGGUAACAUACCACUUAAUUACCAGAGAACUGCCACAAUAUAUUACAAGGAAUUACCUGAUAAUAUAAUACAUUAUUACUAGGUAAAUACUGACUUAUUAUCACAGAGUUAUUACUUGGUAAAAAUCCAGCUUAUUACAAGUUAAUGACCACCUUAUUCUUGAGAAAUUACUGUACUAUAUAAUUGCCACUUAUUACCAUUAAAUAAUUAGGUAAAAAGGGCCCACUAAAAUAAAGUUCUUCAAUUUUCCUGUACAAAUUGAAUCAACUCUGUUUUUAAGAGUAAUCUAUAGUAAAUGCUGGAUCUGUUUAUGAUUUUGUAAAUUUUCUUACAAAUAAAUGAAAUAUAAUUUAUUUUCAAAUUA